AUGGACCAGAUGCUCAUCGUCAGAAGGGUGAUCAAAAUUCGGCAGCGGUAUUCGAAGCCAAUGCAAUUAGCGUUUCUGAACUUUGAAGCCGCGUUCGACUCUCCUUACCGAGGCCGUCUUCUCAACGCGGUCUGCGCCGAUAGAGUACUAAAAAAGUUCGUUCAUUUGCUUGAUGACAUAAAUCAACGAACAACUGCUGCAGUUCGAACACCAGCCGGAUGUACAACACUUUUUGAAGUUGUAACUGGAGUAAGACAAGGGGCAGUGGCAGGACCCUUUUUGUUCAAUUUCGCCAUCGACGACAAUAUGCGAAGAACAGUCGACCUAUGUCCUGCCAACAUUGUCUUAGCACCAUUAGGGUGCCCGUUGACUGACCUCGAGGACGCCGACAAUGUUGUUAUAUUCGCGGAAAGCAGUACGAAACUUCAACAUGUUGUCAACCUUGUAUCGAAGCUGGUUACAGCCUAUAGACUACGUCUACGCCCUGAUAACUGCAAGCAGAUGUGGAUCUUUUCGAGACUUUGGACGGGAAUCAGGGUGGACGGACAGCCGAUAGAACUCGUCGAUGAGGUCUGUUACCUGGGAUAUACGAUAAAGAACAACGGCGGCUACGAGAGAGAUAUUCAGCAAAGAUGCGCUAAGGCCACUUCUGCAUUUAACUCCUUAACGAAAUGCCUGUGGUCGACCUCCAUCACCGACGAAGUCAAGCUGCGAGUCUACCUAUCCGCAAUUCGCCCCAUCAUGAUGUACGGAUCGGAGAUUUGGGCAGCACCAUCAGCGGUUAUGGAGAGGCUUGACUUGACCACGGAACGAAAGCAGCUUAGACGGCAACUUGGCUACUUUUGGCCUAGGAUAUGUCACAAUGAAAAUCUUUACGCAGAAAUUGAUGUGGUAUACCGGCGGAUGACACGUGGAAAACAUCAACAUCUUGCACCGCCAUCGAAAGUGGCUGAAGUAAAUCGUCCUCGCUUCUUUGGUCAUAUAUUAAGGAGACCGGCAGAUCGCCUUGUUCAACGAGUUCUGAGGAGUUUGUUGGGUCCGAGCUGGAAGAAGCCACCUGGCCGAAAACGGAAGUUCUGGACUGAGGUGGUGAAAGAGGACCUGAGGACACUCGGCGUGGAUAGGCAAGUCAGGCGGGACGUAAGGUUUCGCAGGAUAUGGAAUAGCGACAAAUGGAUUGAUUCUGUGCAAGCUCUCCCAGAAGAUCGAAAAAGUUGGGCAGAGCUAUGUUCAAGGAUUGCACACCUUGGCGAAGAUGCGGGUAAUCGCGUCAGGCGAUGA